CGCGCGCCGCCCCUGUCGGCCCAGUGUCGGCUCUGACGUCGCGGGGAGCGCUCGUCGCUUCAUGCUCCGAACGACCGAACGCGCCGAAUGUUUUCGUAUCUGGAUUAAUAAACGUCGAUGCUUUGUGUUAUAAUUCCGAAUGAAAACCGACUAGAAAUGUUUUGAGUUAGUUAUCAGUGUGUGUGUAAAUAAGCUAUCAUAGUGUGUGUAGUGGUAAUGGUGUGAUUAGUGCGCGCUGACACGAGAUGGCGUUGAAAGCGGUUUUGAUCAUUCUCGUUUUGGCCGUCGUUGGGGGCGGACGCGCUGCUGCUGAAAGAGAUCACGCAUCAGCGAUAGUAGGCACCACAGCGCGCCUGCGAUGCCGCAUCGACGGACGUUCCUGCGGCGCCAUGCAUAGCAUCAAGUGGUAUAAGUCUGAGUCACGGCUUUAUGUGUAUUCUAUAUCGGGGAACACGGCUAUUGAUAGGCCGGAGGGGCCUAUGAAAGACAGAGUAACAAUAUCGUACUCGAAGAACAUGACGUACGCCGAGCUGGUCAUCAAUGACGUGAAGCCUGAGGAUGAGGGGGUCUACCGCUGCGAGAUCACCUACCUUCAAGUUGGGGAGGACUGCAAUACUGUGCAGAUCACAGACUUUCAUACUUAUAUAAAACCGAAAUCAGUGGAAGUGGUAACCGGUGAUGGGAAGGCCCUAUCUGAUGGUGCCGUCUUCGGACCUCUACUGGAGCGAGCCAAGGUCAACAUCAGCUGCACCGUGCACGAGGGGAAACCUCAGCCCAAGGUCGUUUGGUACUUCAGGAAGAAUAGAGGAGAUGACCUGAAGGAGCUGAAUGGUGAAACAGUGACUCCAGAUAAUUCCACCAUCACUCGUAUGCUGCUCCUCACGGUGACUCGCGAGGAGUUGGGGGGAGAGCUCACCUGCGUGGUCAGCUCGGCGGCCCUGGAUGCUGACAUUGUCAAGAAGAUUAAGCUGGAUGUUAGAGUGCCCCCCAACAAGACGGUGAUCACGGGAGUCAAAGACCACGCGACACAAGGCACGAUCCUGACCCUCACCUGCACUGCAUCAGGCGCCAGACCUGCUGCCAAGAUCGACUGGUUCAACGGUACCCAGAAGCUGGAUCUACAGGAAAGGAAUAUUUAUCAAAAGGAUGUCGAAACGGAGGACACCACAUUCGAGACUAAAUCCAACUUUACGUUUGAGGCGACGAGGUUCGAGAACGGACAGAAAUUCCACUGUGAAGCUUCAAAUGAAGUGACUGUGGAGACCAAAGACCAACCUAUGCACGCUAAGAUGGAACUGGAGAUUUGGUAUCCUCCUAUCGUGCGAGUAGAACCGAAGAAUAUAACAGUGGUGGAAGGGGCGAAACUACUUCUCAAAUGUGAAUACGAGAGCAAUCCUUCUUCUUUGAAUAGUGUUAUUUGGUACCGCAACGGAGAAAGAGUACCGGUCCACAACACGAGCCACUACGAAGGUGGUACCACUGACCAGCACUCGCUGAUCAUCUUGAAUGCCAAUGGAGAUGAUAUGGGCAACUAUACCUGUCUGCUUGGCAAUGCUGUGGGGAAUGGCACCAGUGAAGACAGUAUUGAUGUUAAUGUUCUUUUCAAACCCCAAGUCCGGCUGACGAUGAGCUCCCCAAGCCCAAUCUUAGAGACAGACCACAAGAACGUGACCCUGACCUGCGAGGUGGUGUCGGGAAACCCUCCCAUUCUGGAUGAAGUCAUCUGGUUCCUGGAUGGAGAGGUCCUGAAACAUCUGCCGGAAUGCAACGAUACUGAAGGCGAAGAAAACCUCUGCAACGAAGUGGACCCAUCGAUGCUGCUGCUACAAGAUACCACUAAGAGUUUCCACGGCAACUACUCCUGCAAGGGUAAGAACUACGCUGGAUGGGGCAACGUCAGCGCAAAGACUGAGCUGGUUGUCAACUAUCCACCUGGUCCAGCCAAGCUGACGUACUCUCCGUGGCGCGUAGUGAAGGGCAAGAGUUUGGUGCUCAGCUGCAGCAUUAAGGAGAGAGGACGACCUGAGGCACAUCGUUUCCGUUGGACGCGCGGCGGUCGUCCCGUCAGCGACAUCGUCUCUCAGAACUGGACGAUCGACCCGGUGACGCUGGACCACCGCACCAACUUCUCGUGCUGGGGGAUCAACGCGGGAGGCGGAGGGGAACCGGCCUAUACUUCCAUUGAUGUGCUCGCUCCACCAAGCUUCAAAUACGCAAUGAACCAUUACAGCGGUGCUUUGUACAAGUCACAGAACAUCUCCCUAUCCUGCACAGUAGAGUGUGCCCCGCUGUGCAGCGUGCAGUGGCUCAAGGACGGCCAGGUCAUCGACCCCGACAAAACUGAUCGCUACUACGUUAUAGAGAGGAAGAUCGAGCCUCAAGUCAAUAGGAACGACUUUGAAGCUACUGAGUCUACGUUGCACUGGAACAUGUCGGCCUGGCCGUCUCACGCGCUGGACCGCGCGGCCGACACGGCGAGCUACACGUGCCGCUCCUCGCGCAACCUCGCCGGGCCCGCCGUCAACAGCACCACCAAGUUCGCUGUCGAGUAUGAACCUGAAAACAUUACGGUGACGCCCAAAGUAGUGCAAGUGACUGAAAAUGAAAUACCAGCCAAAGUUGUGUGUUCUGCUAGAGGUUUCCCAAUGCCCUCCUACUCCUGGCGUCGCGAGCACCCCAGCAAGGCAUUGAGCAAGGAGCAUGGCAACCAGUCACUCACACUCUCGUCAUCCAACACAUUACUGCUGGGCCCAGCUCAACGUCGCGACGCUGGGAACUACGUCUGUGAAGCGUAUAACAGACACGGAUCUGUUAAUACUACUGUUUUCUUGGAUGUUUUGUUUAUUCCUGAAUGCGGUAUCAAACAGAGUGAAAUGGAUGGAUACCAAGUACUUGUUUGCACAGCACAUGCUAACCCUGCGGCGGUCUCAUUCUCCUGGAAGUUGAAGAACGACAACGACAGUUUAACCGACGAGAAGAUCUGGCAGCAAGGCAUACACAGCUACCUGCGUCUGAGCUCCAGCGUCGAGGUCUACAGAACUUACCUCUGCUACGCGAACAAUAGUGUCGGCAUGUCCAGGGCCUGUGAGAGGGAUGUUAUGGCCAACUUGGAAAGUUUUGGUACAAAAGUCUGGUGGCGUGACCAACAGAAGCUCAUCCUCAUUGGAGGGAUAGCCCUAGCUAUCCUUGUCAUCACCGUGAUUCUUUGCAUCAUCAUCAUCUGCAUCUGCCGGCGAAUGAGGGCCAAAUCUAAGUACAAUAAUCCCGUCGAAUUAGAGGAGCGCGAGAAUCCUGACGGUAGCUGUAUUAACGAGGUGUCGAUAGCUCAGUCUAUAAUAUCACAAGCAUUGCCUGCUUUAUCGCCUCGUCUAAACCUGUCGUUUAGCCCAAAGACAUCAGACAGAACAAGAUUGGUUGACUCCCAAAGCUACCCGCACAACUUAGAAAUGAACAAAAUAGAAGACAAACCAACUGAACAAAAUACUACCCAAUCAGAAACGAAUCAAGAGACAGAACUACAGACGCCCAAAACUGAACCUAAAGCUGACAGCAAUAAAGGUCAAACUGUAGUGACACCCAGCAAAUGGCCUUUGAAACCAGGUGUCUUAGUACACGUCAAUUCGAAUCAUACGCUUAGUCCUAAAAAUCAAGCGAGAUUGCAAACUAAUGCUGAAGAAUCUAAUUUGGGACUGUUAGAAAGAAAUAAGCCUGAAGAAAAGUCUCCGCCUAAAGUUGAAUAUUCUAAAAAGGAUGGAAAGCCAAGACAAAAUGUUGUGACGGGUAUAUUUAAGAAUCUACGAAGGAAAAGUGAUGAUUCCGAUGACGAUAGUGGAAAAUAUAAGAAGAUUAACAAAAGUAAUAAAAGGGCAAUGUCUUUAGUCAAUAUGAAUAAACCGGGAUAUGUCGUACAUAAGAAUAGAUUACGAUCUCUGUUUCAAAGUGAAAAACCUAAUAUUAUCGUGACUGAAGGAGUUGUGUCGUUCAAAAGGCCUGAUAGGAUAGUCACAACUAGUGCCAAAGUUAAGCCUUUUAGUGAUGAAGAGCCGAGAAAUACGAGAAAGAGGAAGAAACCAGGUGACAGCCCACCUACGAAUGGCGUAGAUAAUGCGGCAAAUGGCAACCUUGGAGCGGACAACCCGGGUCUCUAUGAGAACCUACCGUUCCACGGACUACAACAACCCCCCAAUAAGCCUGUACAAGCGAUCCAACCUAGAGUUGUCGAAACAAACCCUAAAACGUCCAAAGGAAUUGAAGCUUUACAAAAACAAUUGACUACUAACCCAUCGUUCACACCAAGAUUGGUUUGCCCACCAUUUGUACAAAAUGCUAUAGGAUACCCCAUGGCUUCUAAUUCACAAUACUCUUAUGGGAUUCCAGUAUUAUCUCCAAUACAACAAAUGUAUCCUUUACAUCAGACAGUUUUACUAAAUCCUUAUUUGCCUCCAAUGCAACCUUCAUACUUAAAACAAUUCCCAACAAUAGACGAAGAAAUCCCUGAAGGUGACAAAAGAAAAUUCUCAUCCCUAAACACGAGGAUUCAGAGAAAGCCACCACAGUUCCAAUCAAUGAGAGUUGUUAGAAAACGUAAUAUCGAAAGAUUUUAUCCAAACACAGAAUACGGAGAGAAUUUCAAUGAAAUCAAUAAUAAUAAGAAUGAAAACCCUUCACCUGUUGCCGAAGAUUCGAUAUAUGUAAACUGUCCGUCUUUACUUAAAGUAAAAUCUAACAUUAGUGGAGUAGAACAAUUUGAAAACCUAACAGAUUCCAUUCAAGUGUGUGAUGAAACAGAACUGAAUAAAUCAACCACUUCUCUAAACAGACCAGUUCCUGCACCGCGAACAAAAAUAUCACCUUUUUCUUCACCUGCAAAAACUGAUCACGUUUACGUAAAUCUUUCUAUGCCUUUGAUUAAUACAAAAUUUUCAAAAUCCAUUGAUACUAUUGAUGCUCCUGUGCGACCAACAAAAUCUGCCGAAGAUAUCUCUAAAACCAAGUUCGAAUUGUGUAAGACUGAUGAACAAACUGAACAAGAAGAAAGUGAUGAAGAUAAGGGUAAUGAUGAAAACCCUGAUAUCUCUAAACCAAAUAUUAUAGGAGCUACUCCUAAAAGAAAUCUCUCAAUUACACUACCAUCUACUUCUUUAGUUAAAUCUGUGGUGAAGCAAUUGAACGAUGAGGGUAUAAACAAAGUUGGGUUGCCAAAGAAGCAAGUGAUACCUCCGAAUAAGAUGUUACAAAUACCAAAAUUGACGGAGAAACCGGUGCCAAAGCGAUCAGUAGUCAAACGUAGUCAUUCAGUACAAAGUACAAUAACAGUGGAUAGUGAUAACGGUCAGAAUACUAACAUACUCCAACAACAGUACAUGCAAAAACGUAACCACUUCACAAACUUAAGCAACAAAGGGAAGAAUAAGAAAAACUUUCAAAUACCGCUCCAAAAACAUCAUAGCUUUUGUUACUUCCAACCUAUUAGAGUAGACAAGCGCAUCCCAGUAGACCAGGAGAGAUCUUACAACAAUACUAUAGGACCUCUUAUUUAUCAGCCUUCGGAAGCACAAUACUACACAAAAACAUUAAACAGGACGAGAGAAAAGAACAGCCAAAAGUUAAACCGCUUAAAAAAGUCUGAAAGCUUAAGAGAGAAGCUGUCCUGUGUCGGCGUUUACGAUAACUAUCAGAAACCCGAUUACCCUGAACCAGAAUACAAUGAGUCUGAAAGAAAGUCAUACUUGCAAUUGCUUAAAGGCAACUACAUAUCAAACUCAACGAGAAACUUAGGUCCCGAGAAUUUCAGCUCGAAUUACUCGGGCACGAAAGAUGACAAGCCUAAACAAAAAAAGUUAGUGUACGCUGAUUUAGCUUUAGGUAAUCAUAAUAUGAAGUUUAAAAACACCGUCAAUUCAAAUAGACAUUUGUAUGAUACGUAUACAGUAGGUUCAGAUAGUACUAACAAAGAUACUAACAGUAGCUAUAAGAAUAUGUCUAGUAAUCAGAGAAAAAGUGGUCACUCGCAGCCUAGAAGUGACUAUGCUACUCUCAAAUUCAAUGAGAUCGAUGUCUGAAAGGUGAGUUUCAACGUUUUUAUUAAAGCUUUUAGUUUUAAGAAUGAUUCUGUGGACAAGAUUAAUAAUGGCUUUAAAACUUCUGACAGACAUAUUAAGAAAUAUAUAUAUUUUUUUAAUAUAUAGAUUAGUAACAACAAUUUUAUUGUCACAUUAAUCUGUCCACGGAAUCAACAAAUGCAUAAUUAAAAUCAAUACCAAAAUUAUAAUCAAGACAAAUCUCUAUUAUCUAGAAAUUAUCAAAAAUCUUAAUCAUUUAAUAA